CUUAAACAGUCAUUUCAAUGGUUACUAAACAAGCAGUUUGGUUCAGAGGAUUACAUAUAAAUAUUACUUCUUUUCACCUUCUUGUCUGCCAAUUUUUUAGCUGUUCUGGAACUUUUGAAAUACUUUGUGGUUGGAAGAGAGCACUGUCUAAUUGAGCCAUGGAUAUAACCAUUAUGAUACUUAUCCUGGCUGCGUUAUCAUGUCUCUUAUAUAAGUUGACGUGGAGAGACAUGCAAGAGAUUUCACGGAAGCUGCCAAAGAACUGUAAUUGUAUUUUAUUGAACUGCAACAUAAAGAGCUCCACACGAAAAAAGCAACACUUCAAAAGGAGACUGCAGAAUUGGAAGAAGAGGUGCCCAGAUAAGUCGUUGUUUGAGGCAGAAGUUGCACGUGAGAUUGUAAACAGAAUCCAGAAGUUAACGAAAAAAGCUGGUCCGGAACCCACAGAUACGAUGGAGGUGUACUAAAUCACUGGAUAGUGAUAAACCCAUCUUGCAGAAUGUUAUUCACUCACAGGAGUCCUAUAUCAGGGGUGCACUAGGUUCUCCUUUGCUUCCUUGGGAUACUACCCCGCCCUAUACCGUCAUAAUCUCAAUCUGUGAAGAAAGUCUUCAUGGUAUAUCUGAGUUUGGCAUUUGUUAUUCGUUUUGCGAAGCAAAUCUGGUGUUCAAAUCAGAUUGCUACUGUAUACUCUGGAAAUGCAAUGCAUGAUGAAAGCUAACAUACCUACUUGUUGUCCGUGGACCACCGAAAUCUGAAGUCCAAGUUUCAGCUCUGAAGUGGCAAGAUCAAGGUAGAUUACAUCCAGCUCGGAAAUGGCAAGAUCAAGGUAGUAGACUUCGUAGACUACAUCCAAUAUCAACCUGGAGUCCUGGGAGAGUAUGUUUUUGUCACAAUUGAGAUUACUAUUUGCAAACAAAGGCUGAUUAGGUCAAAUGCGUCUUCAAAUUUGUCAUUUUUUUUUUACAAAUACAACAUAAUCUAGU